AUGUCAUCGCAUAAAACUUUUCGAAGAAAAAUUAUACUUGCUCGUGCUCAACGACAAAAUCGACCAAUUCCUCAAUGGAUUCGUUUACGAACGAAUAAUCGAAUUAGAUAUAAUGCUAAAAGAAAACACUGGCGCCGAACUAAAUUAAAUAUCUAA